AUGAGCUCUGGAAAGCCCAAGGUCCUUCUACUAGGAGCCAUUGAGACUGCCUACGAUGCGUGGGACGAGCUGAAAAUACACGCUCAAGUAGUCACACCCUCCUCGUCCUCCCGCGAGGGCUUCCUAAAAGAAAUCACCGGUAUUAUCGACCUCUUCGCCGUCUACCGCACCUUCCAAUCCGCCUCUGUCACGGGACCCUUCAACGCAGAGCUCAUCGCCGCCCUGCCCGCCAGCUGCCAGUUCAUCUGCCACAAUGGCGCCGGCUACGACCAGAUCGACGUCGCCGCCUGCACCGACAGGAAGAUCUGCGUGAGCAACACGCCCACGGCCGUCAACGACUCGACCGCCGACACGGGCCUUUUCCUCCUCCUUGGCGCCCUUCGCAACUUCAACCAGGGCAUGGCCAACCUGCGCAGGGGACAGUGGCGCGGGUCUGGGGACAAGGCGGCUGCCCUGGGCCACGACCCGAGGAACAAAGUUCUGGGUAUCCUGGGCAUGGGCGGGAUAGGUAGGAACAUGGCCGACAAGGCGAGGGCGUUCGGUAUGAAGGUGCAGUAUCACAAUAGGACGCAGCUGAGUCCCGAACACGAUGAGGGGGCCAAGUACGUGGACUUUGAGACCCUGCUCAGGACGAGUGAUGUGCUCAGUCUCAACCUGCCUCUGAACAAACACACCCGUCACACCAUCGGCAAAGAGCAGCUCGCCCUCAUGAAACCUACAGCCGUGCUCGUCAACACGGCGCGCGGUGCCGUCAUUGACGAGGCCGCUCUCGUGGACGCCCUCAACGACGGCAUCAUCUUCAGCGCUGGCCUCGAUGUCUUUGAAGACGAGCCCCAGAUCCACCCUGGCCUCCUGGACAACGAGAGGGUCAUGCUUGUCCCGCACAUGGGAACGCACACCAUCGAAACGUUGGACAAGAUGGAGCGCUGGGCCAUUGGGAAUACCAAAAAGGCCGUCACAGAGGGUAAGCUCAAGAGCAUCGUCCCCGAGCAGAGGGAGCUGGAAAAGGAGCUGUAA